GACUACACCGAAUGACCAAUGGGAGUUAGGUCAAACUCCAUUGACGGCAGCAACACAGUCCUAACAUACUGCAUACUACAAACCACAGCUUGACCAAUCCCCGCACCACUCCUCUUGUAGUCUACCACAGCUAAAGCAGUCGAGUGGCGGGACGUACUACGCAGAAGCUCACGGAAGAUCUGGAACCUCUACCUCACAAUCAAGAAGCGAGCUCAAAGAAAUUACUGGUUUAUACUAGCUCGUAAUCAGGAUAUUGGAUAUUGGAGGUCACAUUUUCGGCGGUCGGGUCCAAAUAUUUAGUACUUAGGGGAGGGAGAAGAUAUUCUCGCUCAGGUUAGCUGGAGUCGGUUUUUUGUGCCUGUAACAUUACAUUGGUGUCAGAUUUAAGGGAUAUUUUCCAAAAUCUUUGCAUCAAACCCUUUCGGGCUUAUAACCUAAUGGAAAAGUGAUGCCCUAUAUGUCCUACAGGUUCGGGCGGGGAUAGAGUUACCAUGAUGGAAUACUUAGUCCCCAUAAUCAUUCGUGUCGUUAUCUCUGCACCUGUGUUGAUUUUUCGAAUGGACUUCUCUUCUGUGUCUAACACUUAUGACUCCUAUUCUUGAUCAGAUUGUUGACUUGUUUUCUAAUGGUUAUUAACCUUCGUAUUGUGUACGUUAGGUUGCUCGUGAAAUUUAGAUGCCUAGUCAGUUUACAGGCUGUGCGUAGCUUGCGUUGUUUGCUCUUGUUAGCUAACAACUAGAAGCCUCAAUGGCACGAAUUCAUUCAUUCCCAGGUUCAUAAAGUUCUAAUUUUUCCCCAUAUGACUAUCCUUUCCUUUCAUAAACUUCUCGUUAUAGUUCCUUUGAGUACCAUUGGUCGCUUCUGUCUUUGUGGGCUGCAUGAAUCUUUGCAACUUCAACUGUUUCGCUUUGGUGCAAAGUCUUAUGUUGUAACUUAGUCAAGAAUAAUAGCUUCGCUCAGGAGUCUCUUAUUCAAGUAUAUUUCAUUGAAUGGCAUCCGUAGAAUUUUGCAAGCCGACUGAUGCCACUACUGAACUCACUCAAAAUGGAUACAAUCAAUUUAACAUUUUGUGUCCACGAUGUUCCAGUGUUGUCCUCCGCAAAAACACGGCAAAACUUGCCAACAAACAACAUGAUUUACCGGUGUUGGCCAAGAAAUCUGAACUUUCCGACCCUUCGAAAGAAUUUCCCACAGAAUUGACUGAGCAGUUUUGGUGUGUCAACGAUAUAUACACAUUUGAAAACGUUGGAUUUACAAACAGUGUUAGCACAUUUCGCUAUUUAACGUGUGCUGACUGUGAACUGGGACCAUUAGGAUUUCAUGAUACUCAAGAGGGUCCACCCAAUGCAUAUUACAUUGCACUUACGCGUACUACAACUGAGACUAACAAAAAUGAUGGCAAGUGAUGCCAAGCACGAAAGUUGAAUGAAAUGUAGAAAAAAACUGUGAUGCAUCUACCCGGUACCUGAUGUAAACUUUAAAUAUGUAUUUUUCAAAGUUUCCUAGAGCACAGCUGUUGAAUUUCCAUGUAAUAAGCUGAGGGACUUUUCGGAUAAUUCAAAAUAAAUAAUUGUUAAUUCAA